ACAAUGAAGCAGAAAUGAACCAAUGACGUCACAAACAAUUUUUUAAUAUUUUUAAUAUUAUUCACAAAUAAGGACUGCUUUAACAGGCUUAUGAAGACUUUAGUGUGAUUCCUUUGAUGAAGUAUCAGUAUUUUUUUUGUUCCGAAAUAGACUUCAAAUCUACGGUGACUCUAAAAAAUAGCUUACAUUAUAUAACUAGCAACAAGUACAUACGUUUUGCUAACCAAAGUUUAGUUAUAUUUCCCCCGUGCCCUCUAACCCACUAUGUAGACUAAACAAACUUUGGAGAAUCAGAUACGUGUUGUGAAGGUUGACUAACAAUACUCACCUGGCAGAUAUCGAGUGUCAGUGAAGCGCGCAGAAAUACCCGGAUUUAAGUGUUGGUGAUACAGCAGUGUGCUAUACUCAUUUCUUUCCAUCGGCGAUUUAUCGAAUGUGCGCUAACCAUGCUCAGGGAAGUGGACCCGUCAAAGUAUCAUCGAGUUGGAUAUUUUCUUCCUUUCAUCAGGCCAUCGUUUUUGUCAGUCAUUCUAGUGUUUGUUUGUGGAAUUCUCUUCAUGAAAAAUGAAGAAACAAAUGAUCGCUUGUUCGCAUUGGAACGACAGAUGGUGGUUUUGAUAGAGGAAUGUUACGUUACGAGGUUGAAUGCAAGACGGGAAGAUAUUCCGACAACGGUAUACAAAGGUGACAGCGAAAGAAGUAGGCCAAUAUCAUCUUCGACAGAAAGCCUUUCCUCGUCUUCAUCAGAUGCUGUUGAAGAGCUUUCUAGCAGUCUUGAUCACAGAUCCCGAAGGGAUGCCACUGCCAAUGCGACAAGAGGGGGAUUUUCAACCGAAGACAUACGCCGUGAGAUUUCUUUUCAAUUGGGGAGAUUCAUUCCGAAUGAAUACUGCAGAUCGAACGCUAGGGUAUGUCCUGCUGGUCCCCCUGGACGUCCUGGUCCUAGAGGUUCCAAAGGGUCUCGUGGCAGGAGGGGGCCAAAGGGGACAAGAGGGAAGACUGGGACUCAAGGUAUCAUGGGACCUCCUGGUAAAUACGGAAAACCAGGAAUGACCGGACCUACCGGACCGAGGGGAAUAAAAGGAGAAAUGGGCUCGCAAGGACCCCAUGGUGCCACCGGAAUAUCCGGAGAACGAGGAGAACAGGGAGAAACAGGACCUCCGGGACGAAGAGGAGAAAAGGGGGAUAGAGGCAGUCCUGGACCGACGGGUGUGCCGGGACCCCCUGGGAUACCCGGAAAAUCAAUAUCUGCGCCGCAAACCGUUUUACUGCCAGGUGAGAACACAGUCGACGAAGAACAAAACACGACUUUCAAUUGCACAGUCAGUGGAAAUCCUACGCCAAGGAUUGAAUGGAAAUUUGAAAAUGAGAUACUUUCGCCGGGAUUAAAGUACUCCAUUGAAGAAGGAAUACUGACUAUUAAACAGCUGAAUUUCAGUGAUGCUGGGUUGUACUCAUGCCUGGCUACAAGUGCUCUGGGAUCAGCUGAAGCCUUUAGCAACCUGACUGUUCGAGCGGCACCUAUCUUCACCAAGAAACCUCCAGCACUAGUCAUGCCUUUCGAAAGCACGGACUUCACUGAAACUUGCCAAGCAGAAGGUUUCCCAACUCCAUUUGCAAACUGGAGUCGACUUCUUCAGCCGUUUCCUUUGGCCAGGACUGAAGUAAGGGAUGGAAACCUCAAAAUAACAAACCUGAGUGCCACCGACAGUGGAUUGUACGAGUGUGUUGUGAUGAACUCUAUGGGUUUAAAGAAGACCAGGAUGAACCUGGUGGUGCAGAAAGGAGUGGAUUGCAGCUGUUGGCGCUCCAGAGACAAGAUUCCAAAUGUUGGAUACAGAUACGGGUCGAGAAGUUCCUCGGUUGAAGCCAUCGAUUUUCAGACCAGCAGUAAUAUAAUCUUACGCGGCUACCGACUGUGGAAUGAUCGAAGGUUAUUUGCUCACUACAACAUCACAAUUCAGCUGUACGAAGGAAAUACUUCCAUUGCCAGUAAAUCUCUAACCUACAACAACAGAUUUUCUAGCAAGGAAACAUUUGAGGUGUAUUUUUCACGACACAUCUAUUUACAAGCGGGUGUAAAUUAUACUGCCGCUGUAAGAAUGCUACAGGGUAGCUACGUUGCUAACAACAUCGGAAUGAAUUACAACUUUUGUUCCGGAGUUAAUGUUUCUUUCAUGAAAUCUAGUUUGAAGGUACCAAAACAUAGCUCUUAUGUUCACCAGAUACCGGCUCUUAUUUUUCUUGGUUUAAAAUGCUUUUAUUUAUUUCGNUUUUUUUUUCACUUGUCAGAUGCUGUUGAAGAGCUUUCUAGCAGUCUUGAUCACAGAUCCCGAAGGGAUGCCACUGCCAAUGCGACAAGAGGGGGAUUUUCAACCGAAGACAUACGCCGUGAGAUUUCUUUUCAAUUGGGGAGAUUCAUUCCGAAUGAAUACUGCAGAUCGAACGCUAGGGUAUGUCCUGCUGGUCCCCCUGGACGUCCUGGUCCUAGAGGUUCCAAAGGGUCUCGUGGCAGGAGGGGGCCAAAGGGGACAAGAGGGAAGACUGGGACUCAAGGUAUCAUGGGACCUCCUGGUAAAUACGGAAAACCAGGAAUGACCGGACCUACCGGACCGAGGGGAAUAAAAGGAGAAAUGGGCUCGCAAGGACCCCAUGGUGCCACCGGAAUAUCCGGAGAACGAGGAGAACAGGGAGAAACAGGACCUCCGGGACGAAGAGGAGAAAAGGGGGAUAGAGGCAGUCCUGGACCGACGGGUGUGCCGGGACCCCCUGGGAUACCCGGAAAAUCAAUAUCUGCGCCGCAAACCGUUUUACUGCCAGGUGAGAACACAGUCGACGAAGAACAAAACACGACUUUCAAUUGCACAGUCAGUGGAAAUCCUACGCCAAGGAUUGAAUGGAAAUUUGAAAAUGAGAUACUUUCGCCGGGAUUAAAGUACUCCAUUGAAGAAGGAAUACUGACUAUUAAACAGCUGAAUUUCAGUGAUGCUGGGUUGUACUCAUGCCUGGCUACAAGUGCUCUGGGAUCAGCUGAAGCCUUUAGCAACCUGACUGUUCGAGCGGCACCUAUCUUCACCAAGAAACCUCCAGCACUAGUCAUGCCUUUCGAAAGCACGGACUUCACUGAAACUUGCCAAGCAGAAGGUUUCCCAACUCCAUUUGCAAACUGGAGUCGACUUCUUCAGCCGUUUCCUUUGGCCAGGACUGAAGUAAGGGAUGGAAACCUCAAAAUAACAAACCUGAGUGCCACCGACAGUGGAUUGUACGAGUGUGUUGUGAUGAACUCUAUGGGUUUAAAGAAGACCAGGAUGAACCUGGUGGUGCAGAAAGGAGUGGAUUGCAGCUGUUGGCGCUCCAGAGACAAGAUUCCAAAUGUUGGAUACAGAUACGGGUCGAGAAGUUCCUCGGUUGAAGCCAUCGAUUUUCAGACCAGCAGUAAUAUAAUCUUACGCGGCUACCGACUGUGGAAUGAUCGAAGGUUAUUUGCUCACUACAACAUCACAAUUCAGCUGUACGAAGGAAAUACUUCCAUUGCCAGUAAAUCUCUAACCUACAACAACAGAUUUUCUAGCAAGGAAACAUUUGAGGUGUAUUUUUCACGACACAUCUAUUUACAAGCGGGUGUAAAUUAUACUGCCGCUGUAAGAAUGCUACAGGGUAGCUACGUUGCUAACAACAUCGGAAUGAAUUACAACUUUUGUUCCGGAGUUAAUGUUUCUUUCAUGAAAUCUAGUUUGAAGGUACCAAAACAUAGCUCUUAUGUUCACCAGAUACCGGCUCUUAUUUUUCUUGGUUUAAAAUGUUGAAGAGCCAAAUUACCUGCUUUCGACCUUAGCAGAUUAAGCUAAAGUACUCAAUACUGCUAAUAUUUAGUUGACUGUAAGAGGGUAAACAGGCAUCCCCCCACCCCUACCCCAGAAGGGAACACUUCUGACUGGUGGUAGUUUUCUUUGAAUGACAAUCCCACGGAUUGUCACUGUUCACCGCGUAUACGACGGAAAUGCAUCACAUAACUAUAUUACCUGAACCGUACAGAAGACUGGCAACAGUACAAGGAGAAACGUCGAUUUCUUACUGUUUGCCGAAGAUCCCCAUCUCUUUUCCGAGAACUUUUUAAAAAAUUCUCCAAAUAUUUUAUAAAGAUCAUUUUCAGUCUGUACAUUUCCAAAGUUUUUCUAAGACUUCUCAAAUUUACCAAUCCUGAACACAUUUUUAUGUUUAUUUUGGAUUCAGACCACUGAUGUAUAUCAAAACGAACGCCGCCGGGAAACUUAACUGGAAUAGGGCCCGUGGUACACUGCCCGAUAUGCAACGGCUUUCCAGCGUUCUGACUGGCUACUUACCUCAAAAGAUCAAAUAAUUAGUUUAGUUUUCAGAUGUGAAUAUCAAGGCCUGCAAAAUAUAGGUGAAUCAUGGAAAGCAACUUACGCACGAAUUGCUCUCCUCAGUUGACCUAUACCAACACCGUGGUCAUGAAUCACUUUCGAAUCAAUCUACGAUGAAAUACAGGGUGCCUUUGUUUGAUAUCGUCUAGUAAUGGGUGUCUCUUAUCCAAAAGUAGUAGAUCCAAAAUUCGGCCAUUCAACUAUUCGAUCUAACAUCAAAUCACUACAAACGAUUUUGGAAUUUUGGGAUUUUUGGGUGUUUUUUAAUUUUCGUUUUGUUUUUCGGUUUUGCUCUGACGACAAUGCCUCAAAAGCUCAAAGCAUUUGGUGUCCAGCUCUAGUUUCAGGCAGCAAGCAUUUGUGCUAUUGACAUGAUAACGUUUGUUGAUUAAUUCUAGUUUGUUUUAGGGGAUAAGGUUACACUUCCUCACUCUCACUUGUAAUAUAUCACUGCCAUGACUGAAAGUUUAAAGAAGUUGAUUUAAUACACGUAAUUUCCAAUUUAACUUAAUUAGAACUUUCCCGUGUAGUAAGUAGCAUAACGAUUUGAGAAACUUCAACGCGCACUGACAUUAGUUAUUUGAGGAAACAGGUAGAGAAAUAAAAAAAGACCUUCCUUGCAAAGAUGACCUUCUUCCUCCUGAUUGUAAAUGUACCUGAUGAUCAGUUCCCUCUGUGAAGAGAUACAUAUUUUCAACCAUGAAUAAAUACUAGUUAUGUAAUGUUUUUGAGCUGUAUUCUCGGUAUACACACGAGCCUUUAGGCAAGUGUGUAUACCAAGAAAAUACAAGCGACAAGUGGGAUAUCCCAUGGUAUAUGACAAGAGAGCGUUGCAUAACUACGUUAUACCAUGCUAUAGAAAAUACAGUGGCCAACACUAUCAAUGCGACAUACGCGCGACGCACGAUGGGAAGGCGACGGCUUUCCUUUACUCUGAUUGGCUGUAUUUUCUAUGGCAUGGUAUAAAUAAUAAAUAUCCUAACCCUCUUAUCUUUCCUCUACAAGUCAGUUUUGGAUGAGAUGUUUUGACAACAACACAUACCAACAUUC